GAUUUGCAAGAUUUUACUAUGUGUUACUAGUUUCACCUUCCAUCCCUGCCCUUCACAGUGUCCUGUGUCUUUCCAUGGACCUCAGAAGAGUGAAAAAUCUUCAAGCUUUGGUCAAUGCCUACAGCCAAGAUCCUGGGCUAGUGGGGGCAAAAGAGAUUGCAUUGCUGAGGGCUCAUGUGGAAAAUAUAUUGCACACGUACCUAGAAAAUGCUGGGGGAAAAGCACUUGAGGAGGAAGAAAAUCAGGGAAUCAGCAAAAAUGAUGACGAAAGUGAUUUUGAAAUCAUUGAAGAUGAAGAGGUUAUUGAACCAGAUCAAGAUAUUCUCCAGGAAAUGGGAGAUGAAAAUGUGAGACUAACUAGUGAGAUGAUGGAUCAAGCAGAUGAAAAAAGGGAGGAAGCAUUUGAAGCCAUUGAUAAAGGUAAGCUCCACAAAGCUGUUGAAUUGUUCACUGAUGCCAUCAAGUUGAACCCUCAGUCCAGUGUUACAUAUGUGAACAGAGCAAGUGUCUUUGUGAAACUGAAGAAACCAACUGCUGCCAUCAGAGACUGUAACAAAGCCUCAGAGCUCAACCGCAAUUCUGCACAGCCAUACAAGUGGCGAGGGAAGGCCUACAUGCUCCUGGGACACUGGGAGAAAGCUGCUGAAGACUUCACAAUGGCUUGCAAACUUGAUUGUGAUGAAGAAACUGAUGCUUUGCUUCAAAUGGUGCAAUUUAAAAUUCAGAGGAUUGUGGAGAAUUGUCACAAACGUGAGCAAAAGCUAGAGUUCAAGAAGAUCCAAGUACAGCUAGAAAAGGUCAGAGUGGCUCUGGAAGAGCGAGAGAAUAUCCAAAGAGAGGAGAAUUCCUGGGAUGAAAUGGCCACAGCAGGUCGGAAGCAUCUUAAGCCUUUCCUUGCACUUUUAGAUCCCAGGGUAAUGAUGGCAUUCUUGGAUGUAGUUUGGAAUCCAGAAAACAUCUACAAAUACAGAAAGAAAAACAUGCUAGUUAAGUUAACUCGCAAACAGCAUUAAUUUGUAGGUCAACUAUAC